UAAACUAAGUGAAGACAAAAGGAAUCAAAUAGCACAGUGGCUAUUGCAACAUAGUUCGAACGGCAAAUUGAAGUACGGGGCUAAGCAAGAGGCUGCCAGCUUCUUCAACACCAGUGACAGAACGAUCUAUACGAUCUGGAAGGUGGCAGCGGCGCAGCAUGCAGCAGGCAUUCCUAUCAAAUUAAAGAACAUGAAAAAAGGGUCAACUCACAAGGACAAAUUCAAACUCGAUGCAGAAAAGGUAAAAAGUCUUAGUGUUCUACAAAGAUCAUCCAUUAGAGUGAUGGCAUGUUCAUUAGGUGUUAGUAAGUCGCUUCUUCAUACUUGCGUGAAAAGGAAGGAACUUAGAGCACAUACCAAUUCAAUCAAGCCUUUCUAAACUACUCAAAACAAAAAAGCAAGGUUGCAAUGGAGCCUAUCACAGCUAAGUGAUGUGAGUGAGAUGGGAAUGAGGAAAUUUCAAACAAUGUUUAACACUAUACAUAUAGACGAGAAGUGGUUUUACCUAACAAAGACUAAGGAUAGGUAUUACCUUAUGCCGGAUGAGAAGGAACCAUAUAGAAGUUGCAAAUCUAAGAGAUUUAUUCUGAAAAUCAUGUUUGCAUCUGCCAUUGCACGCCCAAUCAUAGAUGAACAGGGCAAUGUUCUCUUUGAUGGAAAAUUGGGCAUUUUUCCAUUCACAAAUGAAGAGGCAGCGAAAAGAAACUCAAAGAACAGAUCCAAAGGCACUAUGGAAGUAAAACCAAUACCAAACAUCACAAAAAACAUCAUGAUGGAAUGCAUGAUCGCUAAGAUGUUACCUGCUUUUAAGGCUAAGUGGCCUACAUUUUCAAGCAAAGACAUUUUCAUACAACAGGACAAUGCGAAGCCACACAUCAAACCUGAUGACCCGGAGUUUCUAGCAGUUGCAAACUUAGAUGGUUUCAAUUUCCAACUAGUUUGCCAACCUGCGAACUCGCCGGACACCAAUGUCAAUGAUCUUGGUUUCUUUAGAGCAAUUCAAACAUUGAAGGACCAGAAACCAGCCAAGGAUGUCAAUGAAUUACUCAAAAAUGUUCAUGAAGCAUACUUAGAGUAUCCACCACAGAAAAUCAACCAUGUCUUCCUCACUCUACAGGGAUGUUACCACGAGAUACUCAAAGCUAAAGGGGAUAACAACUACACAAUCCCUCAUAUGAACAAAGAAAGAUUGGAAAGGGCAGGGACUCUACCAGAGACUCUACAAGUUGAUGAAGCACUAGUGCAAGAGUGUGUUGAGUACCUACAGGGACUACAAGAUAAUGGCAGCUAUGAAGAGGCAGCAAAUCAAACCAUGGAGGAAGCAGAGAUGCAAGAAAUCAUGGAGGGGCUCAUGCAUGUGCAAAUCAAUUAGAGUAGUGUAGGAAUUCCAUUUUGGGUUGGGUUUACAAAACCAAACAUCAUUCCAUGGCUUCAUUUUGUAUGUUUGGAAUGUAAACUUUUUAAGUGUAAGACAUUUUGUAUGUUUACAUCAUAAGAAACCUCCAAACUAAGUCAUAAACUUAGUGAUGGCUAUCUUAUGAGGUAAACAAUUCCCCUCA